UUGCAUCUGAAAGUGUUGUAUUUUCAAAGGUCUAGCCUCGCUUGUGGCAACCCAGCCCGACCCGCAAGCCCCGCGCUGAUGCAAGCGUUCAGUCCACGGUGAGUGGUUUUUUGCAAGAAAAGAGACAUUUACUACGAACCAACCCAGCUCAACUCCCGGAUCCUCAAGCCCCCAUCAACUUGCGACAGAUCCUCCUCCGUCUCCAUUCCACUGCGCGUAUCUGCGGGGUCGUUCGUACAUAAGAGAACACCCUCCCAACUCUUGACCGCCCCUCGAAAUGCUCCCCCGAUAACAGCAGCUUCGCCCUAUCGAUAAGUGACGACAACGCAUUCGCUCAUUCCGACUCGAAGCUUUUCCCCCUACACUGCACAAGAACCUAACUGCAGAUUGUCAUUCUCUUCUCCUUCCGAUGGGAGCAUAGCAACAGCAAGAAGAGCUCGCAUUGCCUUCUUGCUCGUUCUUUCACAUAUCCAACGUCGCAGGGGGUCCAUUCCCAUUUGAAGCUCACACCAACCAACAUUGUAACACACGGCCAAAGCACACGACGGCAUUGCCCAUAUCUACCAACACAUAUACACUGUUGGAGUGGCAAAGGAUACGGCGGGAGUGAAUAAAUAAGGAAACUUUAAUUGUGCUCUUGGAAAAGGCGUUACAAAAAGUAACGGUCCUCCUCAUUGACCCCGCCACCGAUCACGGAAGCUCCACCACGAAACGGGAAUACAGCCUAAGAAUAAGAUGGCAGCCACAGCUACACCAGAGUUCAGCUCCUCCGAGUCCUCCCCAGCAUUCUCCGUCAAGGGGAAAGAAGCUCUCAUGGACGCCGUAGAGGACAUUGUAUUUGGUUCUAUCGCCGGCGUAGCAGGGAAAUACAUCGAAUACCCCUUCGACACAGUCAAAGUGCGGCUCCAAUCCCAGCCCGACCACCUCCCCCUCCGCUACACCGGCCCCCUCGACUGCUUCAAGCAAUCCCUCCGCGCCGACGGCUUCCUGGGCCUCUACCGCGGCAUAUCCGCGCCGCUCGUCGGCGCCGCCCUCGAAACCUCCUCCCUCUUCUUCUGGGAGCGCGUCGCCCGCGAAGCAUUCUUUAAGACCGGCCUCUACCAGCGCGAGACACCCCUCCCCCUCUCAGCACUCUGGCUCACGGGCGCCAUCUCAGGCGCUUUCACAAGUCUCGUGCUCACUCCCGUCGAGCUCGUGAAAUGCAAGAUUCAGGUCCCGGCGAAAGCAAGCACAGAUGGGAUGGUACAUCGUGCUCCUACGCCAUUGGCAGUCAUCCGCGAAGUGUUCAGACAUCAAGGUCUCCGUGGCUUCUGGAACGGUCAGCUAGGAACGCUGAUCCGCGAGACUGGUGGCUGCGCAGCUUGGUUCGGGAGUAAAGAGACCGUCACUCUCCUCUUCCGCCAUCUCAAUUCCAAAAACACACUGCUGUCCUCUCCCCCAUUAACACCCAAACGCCAAAACCUCUCCACCACCUCCUCCGAAGGUCUCGCUCCCCUCCCCCUUUGGCAACAAGCGCUCGCCGGGGCAUCAGCAGGAAUGUCCUACAACUUCCUCUUCUUCCCAGCCGACACGAUCAAGUCACGGAUGCAGACUGUCUCGGUAUCGAGCACGGCGCCGGCAGUCAAGUUCUGGGAUGAGGGCCUGGCGAUUUGGAGACAGUAUGGGUUGAAGGGGUUGUACAGAGGGUGUGGGAUUACGGUUGCGAGGAGCGCGCCGAGUAGUGCGUUUAUCUUUAUUAUUUUCGAUGCGUUGAAAGGGAGGUUUCACAUGUCGUGACCUCACAUCAAGCUUGGAUAUGGAGGAUGGAUUAUGAAUCAUGGACAUUGGACGUUGCAUUUUGGAUAUAUGGCGGGCAUUUUAUGUUUUGAGACUUUGCAUUUAGCGAGCGAGUGAGACAUAGACGGGUUGUUUCGUAGGCUUGUGAUCUGAUGGAUUUUGCCUAUGACCUUGACAUAGAGCAAGGGUAUUUGAAAAGUAGAUACAAGGCGAUGGUUGGCGUUCAUAGAGGAUAUUCAAAUGCACAUAUAUUUCCUUCCAUUCUGAAAUUUAUCCAGGAGGAGAUACAACAAGAAAGGAGCUGGAACCAGCGAAUGAGCAGAGAUCAAAAAUAAAAGCAAGAGAAUCAGCGAGUUAAGAUAAGUAUAUAGAUGAACUAGAGACACAUAGGCGC